UUUUUUAAUGUUUCGAUCUCUCUCUCUUGCCCUUUUUAGAGAGAGAAGCAGAAAUUUUGUAUGUAUACAUAGAUUUAGGGCACAUAUAAGGCGAUUAGGCGAAUUAGUGUGAAGAAAUUCGUAAUUUUUUCUUCACCAAUUACUUUAUUUUGGUGCAAUUUUGCUCAGGACCACGAGCGACCCAAAAGCCCUAAAAAUUUGUACUAUGGUCCUGAGAUUUAGGGUUUUUAAAGAAUGUUGAAUUUCUAUUGCGAUUAAGUAUCGACUGUGUUGGUUUCGUACACAGGAAACUAGAUACAUGCAAGUUAUUAGGGGUUUGAAUUGUGGUGUUGUACGGUAGAGGUGAAAGAAGAGGAAGCGAUGGACGGAAGGAGGAUAACGGCGAGUCCACGUCCGUGCAGUGGACGGAGGGUGGUGGCGAAGAAACGUCCGCGUGGUGGUGUUGAUGGGUUUGUGAAUAGCGUUAAGAAGCUUCAGAGGAGGGAGAUUUGUUCAAAGCGGGAUCGUUCUUUUAGUAUGUGUGAUGCUCAGGAGAGGUUUAGAAAUAUCCGCUUACAGGAGGAGUAUGAUACCCAUGAUCCAAAGGGGCACUGCUCUAUGGUUUUGCCAUUUCUUAAGAAGAGGUCAAAAAUUGUUGAGAUUGUUGCUGCUCGUGACAUAGUCUUUGCCCUUGCGCAAUCCGGAAUCUGUGCUGCAUUUAGUCGAGAGACUAACCAGAGGAUAUGCUUUCUAAAUGUCAGUCCUGAUGAAGUUAUAAGAAGCUUGUUUUACAACAAGAACAAUGAUUCGCUCAUUACAGUCUCAGUCUAUGCUUCGGACAGUUUUAGUUCCCUGAAAUGUCGAACAACAGGGAUUGAAUACAUACGGAGAGGUAAGCCAGAUGCAGGUUUUGCCCUUUUCGAGUCAGAAUCUUUGAAAUGGCCUGGUUUUGUGGAGUUUGAUGAUGUAAAUGGUAAAGUACUUACAUUCUCGGCACAAGAUAGCAUUUACAAGGUGUUCGAUUUGAAAAACUACAUGAUGUUAUAUUCAAUAUCAGAUAAAAAUGUCCAAGAGAUCAAAAUAAGCCCUGGCAUCAUGUUGUUGAUAUUUAAUAAAGCUAGUGGUCAUGUCCCUCUCAAGAUUCUCUCCAUUGAAGAUGGAACUGUUCUGAAAACUUUCAACCAUCUCCUUCAUCGGAAUAAGAAGGUGGAUUUCAUUGAACAGUUUAAUGAAAAGCUUCUUGUCAAACAAGAGAAUGAGAAUCUCCAGAUUCUUGAUGUUCGCAAUUCUGAGCUAACCGAAGUUAGCAGGACGGAAUUUAUGACUCCGUCGGCAUUCAUCUUUCUAUAUGAGAACCAGUUGUUCCUGACGUUCAGAAACAGAACAGUUGCUGUGUGGAACUUCCGUGGAGAGCUUGUGACUUCAUUUGAAGAUCAUUUGUUGUGGCAUCCAGACUGCAACACUAACAACAUAUAUAUCACAAGUGAUCAGGAUCUUAUCAUUUCUUAUUGCAAAGCUGAUUCUGAUGAUUCUGUAACCGAAGGAAAUGCAGGCUCUAUCAAUAUCAGCAAUAUUCUGACAGGAAAAUGCCUUGCAAAAGUAAAGGCAAUGGACGGUACGAAAUUGGAUGAUUGCAUUUGCAGUGGGCGAAGAUGCAAGUGCAGGAAGCGGGUGGGGAGUAGUAGGAGGAUGACGAGCUCGGUUACAGAAGCCUUGGAGGACAUUACUGCCCUUUUCUACGAUGAAGAGCGUAAUGAGAUCUAUACUGGUAAUAGGCUUGGCUUAGUCCAUGUGUGGUCUAACUGAUGGAUCAAUUAUCCAUAGUCUGGCUGCAUCAGCAUCAAGUAAUGUAUGUACCAUUAAGCUCUCUUUUGAGUAGUUCUCAUGCCCUUAAUCAAAGGUAUUUUCGACUCAUUUUCA